GCGACAUGAUUGUCUACGCCCGCGUGCGACACGACGCGUUACCUGAGAUCAUCAGCACGGCCAAGACGCCCUCCAACAUCAUAGUCAAAUUGGCCAUGGCCCACGGCAUGCGACUCCACGCCAAAAAGGCCAAGAUCAUGUUGCUCCUGCGCGGACACCAGAGUAGAACAGCCAAGGAGCAAUCUGCCAGAAACAACAUCAUGCACAUCGAGAACGAGCACCUCAGCGAGCCAAUUGAGUUCGCCAAUGACCAGAUAUCGCCAGGCACCGCUAUAUUCCACGGAGGACAGUUACCAGCAAUAUACCGGAUACUUUCACAGGCCACAACGAACAGAGCCCCACUGCGCAAGGAGGUCUACAAGCGAAACCAGCUGGGCAUCGACAAAAAGACCCUCCUCAACGACGCGCUCACCAACUCGGCUAUCUUCUGCAACUCUCAUAGUUGGAACCCUCUCAACCAGGGGCAGCCCCACGCCGUUGAGACCGAGUGCCUGCAGGGAUACAGGAUGGCAGUCGGGUGCAAGGCCCACAACCACGACCGCCAGAAUACCAACAACGGCAGAGUACUUACUGAGGUAAAACGACCAGGUUCGCACAUCGCCACGCGCAUCUUCAGGACAGUGACGCAGCGCCACGCGCGACACUACCGAGACCAAGAGCCCCUGCGACAAUUGCACAACAGCUUGCGACCUUACCAAAACAACGACCACGCCCCACAACUCAUGACCGACAACAGCCACAACGACAAGACGAUCAUGUGCUACGAGUGUGGCGCCGCCUUCACGGAGAUCGACGCCUUCUGCGCCCAC